UGACUUAAGUCUGAGUGAUUCAGAUCCUCAUCAGGGUCGCCCCUGACAACUGUGGGGGGAGGGAGAGUGACCAACCUCCUCCCGGCAGGGGCAGCAGCAGGGGCAGGCCCGGGAGAAGCCCCCCUCGGUUCCUGAUGUGACCCCCCGGUGACGGGCUGGAUGCUCCAAGCAUGGCCGACACCAUCUUCGGCAGUGGGAGCGACCAGUGGGUUUGCCCCAAUGACCGGCAGCUUGCCCUGCGAGCCAAGCUGCAGACGGGCUGGUCUGUGCACACCUACCAGACAGAGAAGCAGAGGAAGAGCCAGUGCCUCAGCCCGGCCGAGGUGGAGGCCAUCCUGCAGGUCAUCCAGAGGGCCGAGCGGCUCGACGUCAUGGAGCAGCAGCGGAUCGGGCGGCUGGUGGAGCGGCUGGACACCAUGAGGCGCAACGUGAUGGGGAAUGGCCUCUCCCAGUGUCUGCUCUGUGGGGAAGUGCUAGGCUUCCUGGGCAGCUCGGCCGUGUUCUGCAAGGACUGCAGGAAGAAAGUCUGCACCAAGUGUGGGAUCGAGGCCUCCCCUGGCCAGAAGCGGCCCCUGUGGCUGUGUAAGAUCUGCAGUGAGCAGAGAGAGGUCUGGAAGAGGUCAGGGGCCUGGUUCUACAAAGGGCUGCCCAAGUACAUCCUGCCCCUGAAGACCCCCGGCCGGGCCGAUGACCCCCACUUACGACCUUUGCCUGUGGAGCCGACUGAGCAAGGGGCAAGAAGCACUGAGACCAGUCGAGUCUACACAUGGGCCCGUGGGAGAGUGGUUUCCAGCAACAGUGACAGCGACUCAGAUCUCAGCUCCUCCAGUCUGGAGGACAGACCCCCGCCCACUGGAGUCAGAGACCUGAAAGGCGACAAGUCCUGCAGGGAAUCAGGAGGUGGCAGCAUGGAGUCCCCCAAGAUGGAGCUCGCCCACCUACCCAGCCACCUGUCGGGGAGCCAGAGCAGCCUGGCCAGCGAGGCGGGGGCAGGCUCUGCAGGCCCGCAGACGGGCGCCCCUCCCGGGCCCGACCCAAAGGGCCCCGGCAAAAGGCACACCAGGGCGAGUCCCCGCCGUUGACGUGGCCUCCGAUGACCCCCUCUGUCUGCCCCCGGCAGAGGCCUGUCUGGCGCAUGGAGCGGGCUUUCCAAGUGGAAGAGGCUGAGAGAGAAAGAGCGCACACACGCUGGAGCCAGACGCUUCCUGGCUCCUUCCUGACCAGCCCAGGAGGCCGCGCGUCCAACCCUGUCGGACGUGACCCCUGACUCAACAAACCAGUGUCUCGGGGGGCUAAGUCCGCUGCCCCCCACUCAGUGCCUUUCUGCACCUCUUCUUUCCUGGGAGCCCUCCUCUCCCCCUACCCAGCCAUUCCACUCAGCCGUAACCCUUAUUUAUUGUCCUCCCCCGACCCCCGCUCAGUCUACCCCUGUGUUUAUUUCAAGUUGGCUCCCGUCUUGGGUUAGGCUUGGAAGGGCCCUCAGACCCACCACAGGGCCCCCACCUGCACUGCGGUGUCAGAGGGCACCUGGCGGGCUUGCUCCAUGUUUGUGUUAAUGGAAGAAAAAGUCCAGCCCAGAGCGUUAUCCUUUAAAGCUGAGCUUGGCCCCUGGAGACAGCAGUGGAGCCCAGAGCAGGUGGGGUGAGACUCGCCCACCCUUUCCCUCUGCCUGUAGCUCUGGGAGCUGGAGCAGCACCCUCCCCUCCCUGGGUGGCUCUGGAGCUGCUGUAGAAACCUGGCUUUUUGUUGUCCUUGGAACCCCUCCUUCGGCCUCCCUAGUUCUCUCGCCUCGCCACCCCCAACCCCCCCACCCCCCGCCGCUUGCG